ACUCCCCCAGCACCCGCGUCACAGGGCAGCCAGCCAGUCCCACAACAUCCUCCAGGAAGGCCGGAGGAUGGUCACACACCAUGGGUUCCCUGCCAGGAAAUGCUUCACCCGCGGAGGGAAACAGCCAGCAGGGGAGGAUGUGCGCCGGCUACGUCACCUUCCCAACGCUUUUUGUUCACAGAAAUGGAACUGGAGGAAACACGUGUGACCUCAGUGAAUCCACGUGCCGAGCCGUCCAGUGCGAGAGGAAAAAGAACCAGCAGGCAAAGAGGCCUCCAAGCGCAGGCCUGUGCCUCAUCUAGAAACCUCCUGCCAGGGAGGGAAAGACAGCCAGAGAAAGCCCCCAAACAGCCCAAUGAGUGUCAAAUGUUACUACAGAGAUUGAACAGGCCACACAACGACCUCCCCUGGCAGCUGCUGAAAAAGUUUAACAACAGGCUUAGUGUGGCACCGGCAAACCUCACCCUGCUGAACGACACCCACACCAACAUCCCCAAGCUGCGGAGCGGGCACGUGGGAGGGCAGUUCUGGGCGGCUUACGUGCCCUGCGAUACCCAGAACAAAGACGCGGUGAAGCGAACGCUGGAGCAGAUCGAUGUCAUUCACCGUAUGUGCGACAAGUACCCCGAGGCCUUUGUGUGUGUCACCAACAGCACAGGCAUAGAAGACGCCUUCCGAGCAAAGAAGGUUGCCAGCUUGAUUGGCGUGGAGGGCGGCCACUCCAUGGACAGCAGCCUGGGCACCCUGCGGAUGUUCUACCGGCUGGGGGUGCGCUACAUGACCCUCACCCACAGCUGCAACACCCCCUGGGUGGACAACUGGCUGGUGGACACGGACCAGGAGCAGCCCGUCCACAACGGCCUGUCGCAAUUCGGGAAGCGCGUAGUCCGGGAAAUGAACCGCCUGGGCAUGCUGGUCGACCUGGCCCACGUGUCUGUGCAGACAAUGGAGGACGCCCUGGAGGUUUCCAAAGCUCCUGUUAUAUUCAGCCACUCGUCAGCCUAUGAGCUCUGCAGAAGCAGGCGCAACGUGCCUGAUGACAUCCUCCGCAGGGUGAACCAGACGGGCGGCCUGGUGAUGGUGAACUUCUACAACUUGUACGUGUCCUGCAACAAGGAGGCUGCCACCCUGUCCCAGGUCGCAGAUCACCUGGAUCACGUCAAGAAGGUGGCUGGCUCCGCGGCGGUUGGCUUUGGCGGGGACUACGAUGGCGUGACCACGGUUCCCCAGGGGCUGGAGGAUGUUUCCAAAUACCCAGACUUAAUAGCUGAGUUACUGAGGAGGAACUGGACAGAAACCGAAGUGAAAGCUGCCCUUGCCGUGAACCUGCUGAGAGUCUUCAAGAAGGUGGAGGAGGUGAGGGACAGCCUGUCCCAGGAGCCCCCUGACGAUGAGCCGAUCGCGUACGAGGAACUGGAAGGGCAGUGCAGAACCAGCUAUGGGUACCCCGCCCGUGACAGCGCCAGCCCCCCCAGCACGCUGCCAGCCGCUCUCAUCGUCCCCCUCCUUUACUCCCUCCUCCUGUAGAGCUCUGGAAGCAGACCCCCCCUUCUCACUUCUGAGCCAGCCUGGGGGGGGCAGGGGGGAGUGCCGGGGACUCCCCACCGCUCUGGGGCUGGCCCUGCAGGGGAGCCCAGCAGAGCACUGCUGCGCCGCCGCCCCCCACUCUCACUGGGCCCACAGGGGGUGAGGUUCAGUCGUCCUGCCAUGAUCAAAGCCGGGUUAAGUGGCCACGCCCCAGCCUAGGCCCCACUGUUCACCUCUGGCCACCAUGCGGCUUUUCCUGGGGAUUGAACCCACUCAGCUGAGCUAACCCGACUUAGCCCUGUCCCCACCCCCUUCUGCCCUUUGGCACCCAGCUGGCACCUGCAAGCCUGAAUUAAAGCUGAGGCUCCGCUCCGC